GAGCGGCUGUGGCGAUGCCGAUGCCGGGGGGCCCGGCGCGGCGGGGCGCGCCCGCGGGGCCAUGAGGGCGGGCUCCGGCCAUGGCCCAUGGCAGCGCGGCGGUCAUGCUGAAGUGCGUGGUGGUGGGGGACGGCGCCGUGGGCAAGACGUGCCUGCUGAUGAGCUACGCCAACGACGCCUUCCCCGAGGAGUACGUGCCCACCGUCUUCGACCACUACGCAGUCAGCGUUACCGUCGGGGGCAAGCAGUACCUGCUGGGGCUGUACGACACCGCCGGCCAGGAAGACUAUGAUCGUCUGAGACCUUUAUCUUAUCCUAUGACCGACGUCUUCCUUAUCUGCUUCUCAGUGGUAAACCCUGCUUCAUUUCAGAAUGUGAAGGAAGAGUGGGUACCAGAGUUGAAGGAAUACGCACCUAAUGUUCCCUUUUUACUAGUGGGAACACAGAUUGAUCUUCGCGAUGACCCAAAAACUCUGGCAAGACUGAAUGAUAUGAAAGAGAAGCCCAUAUUUGUGGAGCAAGGACAGAAGUUAGCAAAAGAGAUAGGAGCCUACUGCUAUGUGGAGUGUUCAGCUUUAACACAGAAAGGACUGAAGACUGUUUUUGAUGAAGCUAUUAUAGCUAUUCUAACUCCAAAGAAACACACGGUGAAGAAAAGAAUAGGCUCAAGAUGCAUAAACUGCUGUUUGAUCACGUGAGAUACAUUUGACAAUGGCCAGGCUUACUGUGAAAUUCUACUGAAUUUAAGUACAAUCCAUUAAGUACACAGCAAACUUGUUCCAGGUUUGAAAGCUAAGACUACGAUUCUGCCUUCUACAACCAGUGAAAUCCAGAGGAAUACAAUGAAACACAACGAACUUGUACUAAGAGGCCACCACAUCUGUUACAAAUAUUUUAUUCAGACUGGAAGGUACAAUCUCUCAGGGUUACAAAGUCUAGAGGAAGCAAAAACUGCACCAUGCAGAAACAGCAUCUACGUGAUUUUUUUUUGAGUGGAGAUGCUUGGCCUGAAAUACUCUAAAUGAAUUUGGAUAGUCUUCUGCUUUGACUAUACAUAUAUAUAUAUAUAUAUAUAUCUCUUAAAAAAAUCCCCAACUUUUGCACAGUCUGUAUGGAACCUGCACAAAGAAAUACCUUGUCUCUUUUUGCUCCAGUUAUCUGCUUUUGUACGUAAGCUGCUUCCGGUUCCAGUGUAUCCACAAGGGUGCAAUAAUCAGACCAGCCACAUAGCCAAAGGUAGCGCCGAGGGAACAGGUGAUGGGCCACACCUGAGGAGUGAACAUGAGGUAAAAGCAGACAAUGAGGAAAAUGAAUGUGGUUUUUUUGUACUUUGCGAGCACAAAUUCUCAAUGUAAUCUAGGUACUGAAAGACAGUAUGGUCUUAUUCUACUUUAAAGCUUGAUGUGCUUUCCUAAAAAUGCCAAAAGUGUAACAGUCAUCUCCAUGAACACUAAAUGCUGUUGUACAGUUUUUAAUUAACAUGCAUUAAAAUGUAACCAGGCUUCUGGCUCUUGCAGACUUAAUAGUUCAAUAUUCCCAAAACUAUGUGAAAAAACUUGCAAGCAUUUAUAUCCCCUGAAGCGUUCAGCUAACAUGACUUCCUGUUCUGCUGCACACCUUUGGACACCUACAGAUUUAUUGGCAAUUUCUCCUUCCAACCUCUCACGGUGUUCCGAAACUUUUUAGAGGUGUGUGUAAAUGAACUAAUGUUCAAAUAAGGACAGGGACUGAGAUAGAGGAUUUUUCUUUCCUUUAGUUUGUCUCAGAGUAGGCAACGGGAUGCAUUUCUCUCUGGCUGGCAAUCAGGAGGGAACAUAAAUUUGGAAACCAACUGAACAUCUUGCACCCAGUUCAGCAAACAUGGAGUAACACCAGUUAUGUUAAAGAGAGCUUUAAUCACAAGCUCUGUUUCUUAGUAUAAGAACGGGGAACCAAGCCAAUACAGCUGAUUCACUUUCACAAACCCUCUAGUACUCAGGUGAAGAAGUAAUGGGAUUCUCCCCCAACCCUUUAUUUUUUUAAAUUGGUAUUGAUUUACGGGGAGGAGUGGCCAAAAAAAAAUCCCAGUCUGUCCUCAGAUGUAGCUUAAAUUAUGAGUCAACUACAUACUACAUUUGGUAAAAGUCUCAACUAAACUGAUGAUCAAAAGUACUUGGAGAAUAAACUGAAUUCCCAUCCCUGUUCAAAGUUCUCCUUUGCAUAUUAUUUCUGCAAGGACAAUUCUGGCCUUCCUGCUGUACCGUUCUUGUUCCUGAAGCAAGUCUAGAUUGCACUCCUAUUUUUUGGUUUUUAAAUUAAGGGGGAUAUUCCCACCUUCUAUAGUACUUGAGACUGAGAAAUGCACUGGUUAUUAAAGAAAAUAUCCACAUCUCAGUGUCCAGCCUUCUCUUCUACUUUGUUUUGACUUGGACUUCAUGAAUAUCAAAUGAACUUACCCUUAAUGGUACUGGUUCCUCCUUUCAUUCAUUUUGCUAGCUCUGAUUGUUCCCUUCACUUCAUUAUCACUUUGAAAAAUAUGUUUUUUGACAUCUUUUGAUCACCGGAAUUUUAACUAGGAGUAAAAGUAACAUAUUUUGUCCUUUGCUCUUUCAUCUUCACAUUCCUUAGCAUUUGCAGUUUUAUAUAUUAUUUGGAGGUCUUAAGGAGUGUAGCAAAGAUGACUAUAAACAAGGUGCCUUAGGUACUCUUUACUGACCUUGUUUCAUUCUUCCAUUUCCAGACAUUCUGUCUCUGACACUUGUUUUUGUUGCUGAACAUUUUCGUUGUUGCCUCUCAAACCAAAGACUUGUUUGUUUUCAUUCAUUUAAAGUGGCAUUGUAGAUCUUCCACCAAAAGCCUUGAGAUGCUUGGCAUGGUAAGAUAUUAUGUAUAUUUAAAACUCACAUGAGUUUGUGGCCUUGGCUAAACUUAUCCUUCAGGUGUAUCUUUUCAACUUUAAAAUGAAAUGUAAUUACGUUAUUUCUAGCAUUUUGCAUACUACACAUGUCUAAAGGACAAAACAAUUAAAAAGUCCCUGCAGCCCCAGCUGCUCACUCAGUAAUACUCAGUUGCAACAAGAAUCGCACUUUCUUAUCCACUGAUGAAGUCAAAUAUCACUCUUUAAAUCUACAAAACUAUGGACAGAGGCUUCAAAAACUCAGUGGUCUUUUUACAACAAAUUCUCCAAGUGAUCAAUGAUCCUUCAUUAAAUUUUACCUACAUUAGGUGAACCCAUAGUUGCCUAUUUGCUUUUCAGAAGUAGGAGUUGGACUCCAGAUUUUUCAUGUUCCCUUAACUGGAGAGUCAACAUCCCUGAUGACCCAUUCACCCUGUAUCUUCUGAUAUUUUGUGUACAGUGAGCGAUUGUUGGUACUGUUAAAAGGAUGAUUGUUGUAUCUUCUUUUACCCGAAUGAACUGCAACUUGAAACACAUUUUUUCUAAAGUUAUGUAACUUUUAAUAAGGACUCUGUCCUUUAAAAUAUUCUUUUUUUUUUUUUUUUGCUUUUUAAAAAAAGUGUUACCUUACAGAUGUUUCAGGCUCUCACAUAAAAAACAUGAUCUCUGACUUCUGAAAUCGAAUCCUCAUCACUGACAGCUGGCAAAGACAGGGGGCAAAGGGAAGAAAAGAUAAAAUACUCUGUCUCCUUGUCUAGGAGUGAGAUAGAAAAGAAACACUAAUUCUUCCCUUCUAAUGGCACAGAACAAAAGGGUAGUAGGCCAGGUAUUCAUUCUUAUUAUGCUGGCCAGAUGGCCCAAAGUACUCAUGAAGGCAGUCUGAAGUUAAAAGCCUGGACUUGGGAGUGUUGCUGUCCUAAAUGCUAUUUUGUCUAACCCUUAAGACAGGGCAAAAAAAUGACAGGUAAUGAUACUAGUUCUGCACCUUUUGUUCUUGACUGCUGGCCUUCAGGUUACAUAUAGCCAGAUCUGCCCAUGAGUUUAUCUAAAGUAGCAAGUUAUGAAAGACAGAUGAGACUGUUAAGCACAUCAGCUGCACUAAAAUAACAGCCCUUGCAUAUGUUUUUUGUCUGUCUUUGAAAGUGGGUUGCUGUAUUUUGCCUUAGCUGCUGGCCUCUUCUUUUCUGAAACUCAGUCACUUUCCACUGGACUUAAAUUUGACUUGCUUGAUCAGUCUCCUUUUUCCUUGUCUUUCAUAUUAUAUCUUAAACUUGGUUUAGCUUCUAUGCCUUGGGAUGAACUGCUUCUAAGUGAUAAAAAACUAAGCAGCUAAUAUCUGUCUGUUCGUUCAAAGAGAUUCCAUUCUGUAAUGGAAAUUGUAACACACCCCCUCUCACUCCUUGAGAAUCAGAAAUGAGAUUCUGCUCAGUUUCUCCUACUUCAUGCUCCCUUCUCCUGUGAGGAAGCUGGCAUACCCUACCCCAAGUACUAAUGUCAUGUCCAGGCCAGGCCAGCAGCAAGGGAAUAAUAUAUUAGGCGAUAUCACAUAGCUGCAUGUUUUUUUGAGGGGAAAGAAGGUUGAUCUGGGGAGAAAAGCAUGGGGAACACAGGAGACAGAACAUUCUUCAGGAAACUGUGAUUCAAUGCCUCUCUAUCCCAGUAGCUGGGAAGCAUCAGCUACCAUCCUCAUGGCCUAAUACAAGAAGAGUUAGUUUACAUAUUAAAUGCAUGUGGGAAUGGGCAGUUUUACCCAUCUGUAGAUGAUUACUGGGAAUUUGAAGAGCAGCUUGGCAAAAACACAUCUUCACCUCCAUGCUUAACAAGCACAAAAAUAAGGAACAGAGCAUGAGCCAGUGGUUAAUGCAAAACAAUCCUGACUUCUGCCAUCUCUUUAAAUUUUCUUUUUGCCUUUUCAUCUGGCAGCAGUCAUAGGACUUAACUGAGAUUUCUUUAGGCUAGCUAGACAAGGCAGAACUGCAAGGUUUCUCAUAUAUAUUAGAGCUCAUUUUAAGAACAAAGUCUGCAAAUAAGAAUUGCCAACUCUUCAGGAAUCAAAUGAGCUAGUUUUCUCUGCAUUCUGUAGAACACCUAUAAACUGAUGUGAGAUUGCUCAGCAUAUUGCAUGGAAAGCAGAACAUAUUGCAGGAUUCCAGCAAGGUAUCAAGCUUUGCUGUACUUCGCAUGUAGCUAAUUAAAGCAGAAUUCUGACUGCAUGACAGUUUUGUCAUCUAUUACAAGACUGUAACUUGCAUCCCACGCAAUGAGAAUUAACGUAGACAUUGGUAAGGACGUAAAGGCCAGGUUCUUACUAGGCCAGAGCAGCAACACCCUAAUAAAGUUUUUAAAGAUAUCAUGAAGCAAGCAGUUGACAGCUGCUUUAAUGAUACAAAUUAUACUUUAACUAUACAAAUGCAAAUACAGUGGGGCAAUCUACUGUAUUUACUUUUUUCUUUUAGCAGACUGGUCACAUUCUUUAGAUUAAUGCUCUUCUCAUAAACUAAACUUGAUUUUUUUGUAUGCUUACUAUUUCAAAAACUUCAGUUUCUGUCAAUUAGCGAUGUAAUGACUUUGUUUUGUUUUAAAACUGAAUAAAUGAGCACAAUUACUUUCCCUUGCUGUUUCUAACAUGCCUUAAAUUUAUGCUUGUUUAGUCUGUACUGUCUAAUUUUUUUCAGUACAUGCUUUUAUUCUAUUUUAAGUUAACAUGUGCAUGCAACCAAAGUGUCUUAUCACAUUGUACAGAAUGUGUGUAUUGACAAGGACGUGCCGAGGAGAAGAAAGUGUGAGGGUUUUUUUCAGGCUGGCAUUUGUAACUAAAAGUUGUUUCUGUGGAUUUGUGUUCUAAAGUUACAGCAAGCAUAACUGCCUUUGAUCUCACCAUUAAGGUUUACAUUAAGAAAACAUUAAAUAAACAAUGGUAACCACAGUCAAGUGGAACAAGCUUCUACCUCUGUUUAAAAUAAAACAAAAACAAACCCCCUCAAACAGUGGAUAUUUUCCCUUCCAUUCACAUAAAACAAUUUAUUUCACAAGAAAGCUUUCACAGGAGGUAGAUCCAAAAGCUACUACAAGAAGAGAAAACUGAGUUUUGUUAAGAAAAACACAAUAGUGCGAAAGUUUGUAGUUCUAUUUCAGCUUAGUCAAGUAACCACCAAGAACUGUACCCACCAUUAUAUGGAUUGUUUUUCAGGUUACAAAUGCCUGAGAGGUAUCUAGGCUAAUACUUACUGGCAUAUUGGUUAAAUUACAUGGCAAUCAAUAGACUCAUUUAAGUCAUAUCAGUACCACCUAUUAUGUUUGUGGUAUCCAGUAUAAACUGGGAAUUUCAGUUUUAUCUAAUGACAUGAAAACACAGAAUAGGCAGUCACUUUUUAUCGUUAGUAACAGGUAACACAGAUCAAAAUGAUGAUACAAAAACCAGGUGGAUGGGUGGGCAUGCACGAUGUAAACCCAGGAGCUUACAAUUUCCAAAAUUCAGUUGUCAAUGACAGAUGAAAUGUCUGGAAUACUGGUUCCACCACAUAUAAAUUAUGACAAAAGGUUUUGGUCUUAAACUAUACCAUCGUGUUCUGCAACUAAACUACCUUGGGUUGAACAGAGAGAGGAUGCGACACCAUGUGUCUAAGGACACCUAAAUCAUCCCAUUCUGUUUCAGUGGUGGUGUGCUUUAAGGUGCCACUUCUCAGAUGACACAUGAAGCCAGGAUCCUAAUCACAUGAGGUUAUUAAAAGUACACCCAUCAACUUGAAACAGGCAAUCUGAAAAAAAUUAGCACCUGUAACAAAGGAAAUUAUUUUCUCUUUCUUCACUGGAACUGUCCUAACUAAGCAUAACCCUCACUUACCCACUGUGCAUCAGAGGGCUAGAGGCAACUAGAGGUGGAUGUACAACUUUUUAAACCUUUUGGACAUCAUCUUGCUUAAAUGAUCCUGUAAGUGUUGCAAACUAUUUUAAAAUUUGUUUAAGAAUUAGAUAAUCUAAAAACAUUGGCAAAAUUAUUCUACCAGUCUGGCAGUUGUAAUAAAGUGAAACGUAACUUUUGAAAA